AUGAUUCAGAUCGGUCAACCCCACGUCGGCCUCCUAAUCGCCUUUAUAGCGUGUGGGGACGGGAUCGAUAUUCAGAUCGGAGAAGCUCUGAUAAAAUCUAAGUGUCUAGGUUACGACUUCAGAGAUGCAGUCGUGGUUGGAAUAGAAGCUGUGUUGGUCAGGCUGAGGAACUGCAGCAAUCAGGACGACUUAACCAUCACACUUUUGCAGCAAUGUUGCCAAUCCCAAUGCACAGUUAGGGACGACAAGUCUCCCCUCUUUGGGGCAAUGAAGGUGAAUGAUGAGAUCCUUAAAGUCCUUCCAAAUACGAGGACAUCAAUAAGCUCCUCACAGUCCCAUAGGAGCACGAGCCUGCCAUAUGGAAUAUGGAUGAGCUAA